AUGUCUUCAAGUAAAGACUUUGUUUUGGAGAUAACGCUGGUGGACAGCAAGAACUUGGCCACGUACAUUGUUCACAGGAAGCCCUCAAGAUUUCUCAAGUACUUGAGAGCACCAAUUGUGGCUUUACUAUGUGGCAUAUUGGCGCUGCUUCUUCUUCGUCUAGGCGAAGAAGCAGAUCUUAUAUUCGACUACCUCAACAUAGACAUUCCGUUCACUGAAAUACUUCUUGCAAACAUCGAAGGCUGGACCAGAGACCUACCCUUUACUCAAAUGCUUACAGAAGAAACGCUUCGAAAAAUAUGCCUAUCAGGAAGCAUCACGUUCUUGUCUCUUGUCAUAAUAGCGAUGAUUUCCUUGCAAGAGCCCCAAGACAGCAUGAUGAUCAUGAAGGAUAUGGGGAUCCAACUCAACAGUACCGAUCGGUGGGGUUUCACCAACAAGGAAUUCAUACCCAUGACGGAUAUCAUAGACAUUGUGAUACACGAAGGCUUCUUCGGGUAUGGACAAGUGAUCUUCUACAUGUGCGUGUUGACCCAACCAAGACGCAAAAGUGGUUUGGGAAACAGCGGGAUCAAAAUUGUGUUUCCCAACUUUCUACCUAGAAAGUCGAUCCUUGUGGAUGUGUGUCGCCAGAGCCGCGAGAUGCUCUACGGCACUACGCACCGCUACAUGGAUGAUGUUAAAACCUGA